CAACAGAAAGAACUAUUCCAAAUUACAGUCAUGAGCAACAUUAGCAACGAUAGUGGCUUGGACGACUCGGCGAAUUGUGGCGCGGCAGGCAAUACGGGCGCGGCGGCAGCAACGCGUCUUUCCUGGUUCCUGGCCGAGGUGGACGACGGCUCGAUGAAGAACGGCAAGCCGAAUGGUAAGAAGCGUUUCUGCAUUCUGCACAGCAUGGAGCUGCUGGAAACGGACGUAUCUGACAAGUACAUGACGCGCUUUGUUGAGUUCCGCGUCAACGGCAUCAAGCUGGAGGCGAAACUCAUACUGGCCGCCGAUGAACGCAAGCUGGUAGACGCCGCGCUACUAUCCAUGAGCAAGCAGCAGCGCGAUGAGGAGGACGAUGUCCGACAGCUGCUGGUGCAGUACAACGAAGAGGAUGCGGCGGGCAAGCGUUUGGUGCAGAAAAUGAUCUCGCCCCACCGCGUUGUCUGGCUGAGCACAAAGCCCGAAUUAGGAGGUACGCCGCUUGUCAAACUGAGUCCGGGCUGUAUAGCUCAUGUGCUGUACGCCUACGAGCAGCGAGAUUAUAUGGAGAAGGUGCUGCUGCACCUUAAGGCGCGCUGCUUUGAUCACGCUUUCGACGAACAUUUAGAUGCUGCCCAGGAGCCCAUGGACGAGCACACCUGGCUGCUGGUGCAGUACAGCCCAGAGCCAGAAACGGUCGUCUAUCAGGUCAUAUCCUACAGCCAGACGGUGUGGCGCCAGGAGAAUCUUUUCAAGGACGUCAUCGCCUACAUCCAGCUGCCUGGCAGUGAAGUGGUGCUGCAAGCGGUCGUCAUAAGCUACGGCCAGGAUCAGAAGCAACUGGAGGCCAAGUACGAGCAGCUGCGUCGCUAUGCGUUGGAUCUGGAGUUUCCGCUGCCCGCUGAGUUGGAUCACCAACUGCAGCAGGGUAGCAGCACUGCUGCUCUUUUUGCACGCGCCAGCAGCACACUCUUUCAACGUGCGGAGCAGCGGGAUACUAGCGGGGAGCACAAACAGUUGCGACGCAGCCUCGAACAUAUGAGCGAGAAGGCACAAAGCGAGGCAGAGAUGAUUAUCGACGCCUUCGAUAUGGUCGACAACAUCAACAGAAAUUUACAGGCGAAAAUCGAGAUCGCAUCCAAUUCAGGGGAUGACAUGCAUUAGUUGCUUGGACUUCCACGCUUCCUUAGUUAAGAUUGCACUGAACCAAGUUCUACAAGUUCCAUUAUAUUCUUAUAGUAGUAGAUUUUUGUUAUAAGUUUUCUCAAAAUCCUUAAAAUAUAUGACAGUAGUGUCAAUAUAUAAUACUGAUGUCGUAACUGCCUCAACGGCUAACUGAGUCCAUGACUGUUUGCUGACCAACUUACAGCCCAAACCGUAAGAGCUAGGAAGCUGCAAUUUUCAAAGAGAACAUAAAAUAACAGAUAGACAGAACAGACAGGAUGGCAGUAAGCCAAUGAGCAACUUUACCAAAUAAUCGAAAACUUGACCAUAUCGAUAGUUUAGCUUGGCCAGUGCCAGUAUUAAGACAUAAUAAAAUAUUAUGAAAUUAAAUAGCUUAAAUAGCAUAAAA